GCUACCUACGUUAGGACCCGUAUUUCCGCUCUGCUUUUGGUUCCUAGCUACCAGCCGUCCUGUUAGCCUCUGUUAGCCUCUUAGCUCCGAGUUUAACCGCCUAAAGUCUGUAAAUAAAACUAAAAUGACUCCACACUGAGUCUGCUACAUGCUGGCUGUUAGCUGCUAGCUCCUCUAGUGUUAUAUUCACCUGCACAGCGCAGCUAACGGAGCAUGCUAACCGGCUAGCUGCUGCGUUUCUGAGUCUGUUUGUUAGUUCUGAUGAAGAGGAAACGUUAGCAUUCUGCGGAGUCAAUAACAGAGUCAUCUGUGUGAAGAAGUCUUUCUUUCCUCCCUCGGACUCUGUCGUGAUUGGCUGAGAGGCUUACCUGGCUGUGAUCUGAUUGGCUGAGAGGAGCCAUGCUGACCUAGGAUCAGCUGUUAGUCAGUUUGCUGUGUGCGGAGUAACACAGCGACUCAUCAUGUCUGAGAACCAGCCCAACAACAACAACGUCCCUCUGAACAACAACAACAACAACAACAUGGGACCCAACCGGCUCCGGAACCCCAACAUCAACCAGAACCCGCUCAUCAAUGUCCGGGACCGCCUCUUCCACGCGCUCUUCUUCAAGAUGGCCGUCACCUACGCCCGACUGUUCCCACCGUCUUUCAGGAGGGUCUUCGAGUUCUUCGUCCUGCUAAAGGCGCUCUUCGUCCUCUUCAUCCUGGCCUACAUCCACAUCGCCUUCUCUCGCUCGCCCAUCGACUGCCUGGAGGCGGUGAGGGAGCGCUGGCCGCGGGACGGCAUCCUGCGGGUGGAGAUCCAGAAGAACUCUAGCCGCGCGCCCGUCUUCCUGCAGCACUACGACGCCACGGCCAGCCUGCAGGAGGCGCUGGGGGCAGUGGGGGCCGGGCCGGGGGGGCGGGCUUAGCCUGGCAGGCUGCAGGACGAAGACGAGGAAGAGGAGGAGAUGACCAUGGAGAUGUUCGACAACAGCUCCGUACAGUUUGAUCUGGACAUGGAGCCUCGUCUGAAGCCGUCUCUGAUUGGAGGAGGAGGAGGAGGAGGAGGAGGAGGGGGAGGGGGAGGGAAUGGCAGUCAGGACGUCUCCUUCAGUCAGACUACUAAAGGUAUGCAGCCGCUGGACGACUCAGUGUCUGAGCUGGAGAUGAUGACCAGAGCAGUGUGGCCUCAGGAGGAAUACAUCGUGGAGUAUUCUCUGGAGUACGGCUUCCUGCGUCUGUCUCAGAGCACCAGACAGAGACUCAACAUCCCCGUCAUGGUCGUCACUCUGGAUCCCAUGAAGGACGAGUGUUUCGGUGACGGAUUCAGUCGCUUCCUGCUGGACGAGUUUUUGGGCUACGAUGAUAUCCUGAUGUCCAGCGUGAAGGCGCUCGCUGAGAACGAGGAGAACAAAGGGUUCCUGAGGAACGUGGUGUCUGGAGAACAUUACCGCUUCGUCAGCAUGUGGAUGGCCAGAACGUCAUACCUGGCCGCCUUCGUCAUCAUGGUCAUCUUCACUCUGUCCGUGUCCAUGCUGCUCAGAUAUUCUCACCACCAGAUCUUCGUUUUCAUCGUCGAUCUUCUUCAGAUGCUGGAGAUGAACAUGACCAUCGCCUUCCCAGCAGCCCCUCUGCUCACCGUCAUCCUGGCCCUCGUUGGCAUGGAGGCCAUCAUGUCGGAGUUCUUCAACGACACGACGACAGCGUUCUACAUCAUCCUCAUCGUGUGGCUGGCCGACCAGUACGACGCCAUCUGUUGCCACACCAACACCAGCAAACGCCACUGGCUCAGGUUCUUCUAUCUGUACCACUUUGCCUUCUACGCCUAUCACUACCGCUUCAACGGUCAGUACAGCAGCCUGGCGCUGGUCACAUCCUGGCUCUUCAUCCAGCACUCUAUGAUCUACUUCUUUCACCACUACGAGCUUCCUGCUAUCCUGCAGCAGAUCCGGAUCCAGGAGAUGCUUCUGCAGAACCAGCAGGCGGGUCAGCAACAGGCGGGUCAGCAACAGGCGGGUCAGCAACAGGCGGGUCAGCAACAGGCGGGUCAGCCAGCAGGUCAGCCCGAGGGUCAUCCAGCAGGUCAGCCUGAAGGUCAGCCUGAAGGUCAGCCUGAAGGUCAUCCUGAGGGUCAUCCUGAGGGUCAUCCUGAGGGUCAUCCUGAGGGUCAUCCUGAGGGUCAGCCUGAGGGUCAUCCUGAGGGUCAGCCGGCCAACAACCAGGCACAGGCGCUGCAGGACAACCUCAACAACAACGCUGCCACUACAGCCGCUGGGACAGAACCAGAACCAGGACCAGAAAACACUGACCCACUCGCCACGCUGCACAGCGAGCCGAACGCCACCCUGCCUACAGGAGCAGGAGAGGUGAGGGCAGAGCUGAACUGGGUCUCUCACACAGCAGCCAUCUUUACCGAAGCUCUGAGCGCCGCCGGAGACGCAGCGGGCGCCAGCGUGGUGGCAGAGGUCUGGGUGGACGGAGGAGAAACGGGAGGAGGAGGAGGAGGAGGAGGAGGAGGAGAGAAACAGGAAGUCAACCUCCUCAGUAAAGGACCAACGUCACCUUUCUGA